GCACAUAGUCUUUCCCAGAGCACUGCACCCAUACGUUUGUUUAUUGGUAGCAGGCCCAGGCUCCGGUUGCUGAUUAUAAAGCAAGCACCUGCCCAUGGCAGAUCUGGCUCCGGGCAGACUUCCUGUUGCAGCCGCGGCUCCCUGAAAUGAGAUUUAUGCAAACUGGCUAAAGCUGUGAUGUCACAGCGCACUGAUAGACCCAAGGGCUAUCUCCCUUCUACAGACAUUUGAUAAAAUCAGGAACUUCACAUACAGCUCGGGAAGAAGUUCACCUCAGAACCUAUUAGGGCAAACUAUGAAAACUUGUUAGGGUCCUUCUCCUGUCCUGAGAUCCAUCACUGCGAAGGGACUUACCAGAGUCCGAGGAUCUCACUUUUUGUUCUUUUUCUUUUUUUUUUCUUUUUAUUUUUUUUUUUGCAUGUGAUUUUUUCAUGUCAGUUAUGCUGGAUGUUUGAAAACUGAAUUAAGAAAAAUUCACUCAGAAGUUGGCUGAAUGUUGCAAGCUUGCAAAAUGGAAGGAUUUCCCCUCAUUUCCCCUCCCUCUGAAGAUAUGGUGUCCUAUGAUUCUGACCUCUACCGACAGCCCCAUGACUAUUACCAAUAUCUCAACGGUGAUGGAGAAAGUCAUGGUGAUCAUUACUGGGAUUAUCAUCCACACCACGUGCACAAUGAGUUUGAGACCUUUGGAGACAAUCACUUCACAGAACUGCAGAGUGUUCAGCCUCCCCAGCUGCAGCAGCUGUACAGGCACAUGGAGAUUGAACAAAUGCAUGUCUUGGAUUCUGCAAUCCCAACCACACACAUUGGGCUCAACCACCAGGUGUCCUAUCUGCCUCGGAUGUGCCUACAAUACUCCUCUCCACCGCAGCCCAGUUCUGAUGAGGAGGACAUAGAGAGGCAGAGCCCCCCAUUGGAGGUAUCAGAUGGGGAGACCGAUGGUGUGGACCCCGGGCCUGGAAUUAUGCAUGGAGAAACAGGCAGCAAGAAAAAGAUACGUCUGUAUCAGUUCCUUCUGGAUCUUCUUCGCAGUGGAGACAUGAAGGACAGCAUCUGGUGGGUGGACAAGGAAAAAGGUACUUUUCAGUUCUCCUCCAAACACAAGGAAGCACUGGCUCAUCGCUGGGGCAUCCAGAAAGGCAAUCGCAAGAAAAUGACCUACCAGAAGAUGGCACGGGCUUUGAGAAACUACGGCAAGACAGGAGAGGUCAAGAAAGUCAAGAAGAAGUUGACCUACCAGUUUAGUGGAGAGGUGAUGGGAAGGGGGGUCACUGAUAGGAAGCAUUAUCCUCACUGAGGACAUGGGACCCUAAGCAAGAAAAAUAUUAAGACCUCCUGGCUGGAUACCAGCAGAGCAGACGGACGCAUCUUUCUCUUUGCUUCCUGUGCCCCCUUCUCUGCCUUUAAAAGGGCCUUUACCGUCAGGUGUUUCUGGUACGAAUUCCCUUCUUCAGCAUCUGAGAAUCUUAAACAUGACAGAAUUCUUUGCUUCCAUACUACAAGCCGGACAGAGUUGGGAAAUUUAAACAAUGUACAAAUAUAUUAUUGUCAUAAAAUAUUUUUUUUGAUUGUAUUGUAACUAAAGAAUUCAGCUGAUGAAGUUUUGCCUUCGAAGGUGGUGCUGUGUCAUUCACAGUGACGCUGCAUUAGCUUACAGCUUUCAAACUAGCAUUAAUACAGGCUCUGCCGCAGCUCUCAAAGCUAGAGAGAAGUUUGCAGAUCUUGGAGUUCUUUUAAAUAGUAAUAACAUGUACAUAUUUAAUAACAUUUGAUAUAAUGAAGUUCUGUUGUUUGCAUAAUAAAUGAUUACUUCACAAACAAA